AUGGGGCAGGACUACUACGCCGUGUUGGAGCUGGGCCGCGGCGCCAGCGACGGCGACAUCAAGGAGGCCUACCGGGUGCUGGCGCUGAGGAACCACCCGCUGAAGUGCAAGGAGCCCUGGGCGCCCGAGCGCUUCAGGCAGCUCGCCGAGGCCUACGACGUGCUCAGCGACCCCCGCAAGAAGGGCGUCUAUGACAAGUUCGGCGAGGAGGGCCUCAAAGGCGGCGUCCCGCUGGAGUUCGGCACCGAGAACUCCUGGAGCGACGGCUACGUCUUUCACAACAACCCCUACAAGGUCUUCAAGGAUUUCUUUGGGGGCGACAACCCCUUCGCGGAGUUCUUCACCAAGGAUGGCUCGGAGCCCAACAUGGCCUUCGGGGGGCUGCGCGGGAGGGGCGCGAGGAAGCAGGACCCCCCCAUUGAGCGGGAGCUCUACCUGGCGCUCGAGGACCUGUUCUACGGCUGCACCAAGAAGAUCAAGAUCUCGCGGCGGGUGAUGAAUGAGGAUGGCCAGAGCACCUCGAUCCGGGACAAGAUCCUGACCAUCGACGUGCAGCCGGGCUGGAAGCAGGGCACCCGCAUCACCUUCGAGAAGGAGGGAGACCAGGGUCCAAACAUCAUCCCAGCCGACAUCACCUUCGUGGUGCAYGAGAAGCCGCACCCCCGCUUCAAGAGAGCGGGCGACGACCUCAUCUACGUGGCCACCAUCCCCCUGGUCAAGGCCCUCGUGGGCUGCGCCGUGGCCGUGCGGACGCUGGACGGGCGGCUGCUCAACAUCCCCGUCAACGACGUGGUGCACCCCGCGUACUGCAAGGUGGUGCCCACCGAGGGGAUGCCGCUGCCGCAGGCGCCCGCGCGCCGGGGCGACCUCGUCAUCCGCUUCGACGUCGUCUUUCCCAAGCAGCUCACGCCCCACAAGAAGAAGCUCUUGAAAAUGGCCCUGCUGGGCUAGGGCAGGGAGAGGAUGCCCCUGCUCCGCCCCAGGCAAUAAAGUUUGUUAUCCCGGGGCU